AUGAAAGUGAUCAUUCAGCUUGUUGUGCUGAUAACCCUCACCGGCAGUGUGUUUGGUUCGAAAUUAUGGGAGGAAUCCAGCAUAGAACCAAAUGUUACAGUGUCCAGUAACCGCGAAGCUCGAGUGUUUCCAUUCUGGUCAAUUGGGCGAAUUGCCAAUACGGUAUGUACGGGUACAAACGGAUUGAUUGGAAAUUGUCAAAUUCGUGGAGAAUGUACCGCCAAUGGCGGUAUAGCGUCUGGAAACUGCUCUACACUCACAUGGCAAGCAGUCUGCUGUACUUUCGUUCAAAGCUGUGGUGCCACAACAUCUCAAAACGUUACCUACUUCACAAACGCUGGUUAUCCCACGCCAUACAACGGAGGCGGAACAUGCGCGAUAACGGUGGUUCCACCAGAUAAUACGGUAUGUCAGUUAAGGGUCGAUUUCACUACGCUAUCACUAGCACAACCGAAUGGAGAUGGAGUCUGCAGUAUAGAUAAUGUUCAAAUAAGUGGUGGAUCCUCAGCGGUUCCUGUAAUUUGUGGCGAUAACAAUGGGCAGCAUGCUUAUGUAUCAUUUAGCGGAACCGCCGCAAUCAGAAUUGUGGUUUCAAUGACUGCAUCAACGUCCUUUAACCGAGUAUGGUUGAUGCAACUUAGUAUGAUAUCCUGCACGAGUGCUUACCAGGCGCCAGCUGGGUGUCUCCAAUAUUUUUUCACAAAUACUGGGACGAUUGCCAGUUUUAAUUACGGAUCCGCGGCUAAUUCGGCCUUGAACUCACUGGGAAUGAUCGGUACUCGCCAGCUAGCCAACUCUAACUACGGAAUAUGUAUUCGAGCUAAUGCCGGAAUGUGUACAAUAACCUACGCCUUGCCUGCAGGCGAUUCAAGCGCGUUCACCAUGUCGAUGGAUGCCACUGCGGUAGCCCCAAACACUCUUGGAACGGCUGCUGUAGGAGCUACCGGAGUGGACUGUACAAUGGACUUCAUAGUUAUUCCAAACCCCACUGGACUGGCUUUUGAUCGGUUCUGUGGUUUAGGAUUAGGACCUACCACAAGUGGUACAACGCCCUUUGUUGUAUAUUAUGUUACUAACGCCAAUGACAACGGUGAUGUUGCUAAUCGAGGUUUUCGUUUGGCGUACACUCAAAACGGUUGCGCCGUGACUGGAGGAUAA